GAGCGCUUGUUGUAGUCCAACUUCGGAAAACGGUAGUUCCACGCUAGAGACGCUAGAUGUCAGCAGUACUCGCCGUCCCGCAAUGACGUCGGUUGGGAAAAGUGGAGUCGAAUUCUUUAAUAGGUGUAUGAUUCGUAUUCAUUUUAAACAGUGCUGUCUUUUCCUGUGUUCGAAAGGAAGCACCUUUGCAUCUCUCCUUGACCCGAUAACGUUUUCCACAAAGGUUAAGGAAAGGAGGCAUAAAGGUUAGGAGAUUUGACUAUUCGAAGAGGACCCAUGGUUCCAGGGAUCUGACUUUUGCUUCAGCGAAAGAACCAAUCACAGAACGGGGGGGACAGCAAGACGAUGACGACGUCUAUGCGACACACCGAAGCUUGUAGUUUGUUUAUAUCUAUGGAUCCAACAUGGCAGCAGAGGCGAAGUUACCUUUCGAUGCAGCUUUAGAAAGUGUGCUAAGUAGUUUCGAACGCAAGUUUAUUUGGAUAAAAUAGCAACUUUUCAACUGGUUUUAAUUUAUACGAUUUGCUAUGAGCUACGUACAGCAUCUGAUAGACAUUCGUAGCGCCCAAUAAACGGCUCUUGGCAUUCGUUAACCACGCCUCAAAUACGAGAAAAUGAAUGUGUGGUUCGCAGACCUCAAUGUAGAUUGAGGUGAGGUCUGGCGUUAGCCAGGCUAGCGAUCUAUAGGAAAUUAACAACCUUUAGUUGAUCUAUCUUCACCAGAAAAUAUUUAGAAGACGGUGUUUUGCAAAUCCCUUUUUACGAUUCAAUCAGCCAGAUAGCCGAUUCCACAGUCAACGUUAUCUUCCCUUUGACGUAUCAUAUGACGGGCAACAUUUCAGACCACUAUUAUUGGGAUUGCAAUGCUUCAUGGUGAACCACAAGUCAACUAAUCAGAAAACGUAUACGUUCACUAGCAAGAAUUGGCAUCUCGGUAUGCAUUUAUCAUGAGCCAUGUACUUAGAGACGAUACGGUAAUGUCUAAAGGCCAUGCUCCAGAGGAACAGGAGAUAGAAACGGGAAGAACGUUAAAGGAAGAUUCACAUUAUGGACCGCAUCUUUCAUCAACUUCCUUCGAAACAUCAGGGCCUGACACGCCCGGACUUCCUUGCUCAUCUCAGUCAACUCCCUCACCCUCUGAGGGAAGCGGUCUGCUGUCAUUACCGUGGGAAAUGGUGACUCAGAUCGCUUCUCAUCUUCCUGCCCAGUGUGUCAUCUCCGUGUUGCCGAAGGUGUGCCAAGCACUGGGUAACAUAGGCGAGGACAGCACCAGCUGGCAGCUGCGUGCUGGCAGGCUAACCGGUUCCAGGGUGAAAUUCCCUGUUGGUUCCAGGGAGGGUUACGACUGGCCCAAUGCCUGCCUGGAGAUGGAGGAUCUGAUCACCUGCUGGGAGGACCAGGCCGCCUGGGUGGACAGACACACCAAGGCCAGGGACGAUGGGACGCAGGCUGUCCAAGGAGCAGAAGUCAGGGGGGAGGAGGAAAGGCGUGGAGAGGCAGACCAAGACGCCGAAGGCUUUGUGCUCGCAGAGCGUGCUGAGGAGCUAGGUGUUGACGCCGUGAUGGAGGUGGCCUUUGAGGGGGAGUUGGAGAUGCAGGCAGACGGACUAAGGGCUAAUUUAAAAGAGAGGAGGAGGAGACCGGAGGAGGCGGCCGCCGUGGCGAUGGUGAAGGAAGAACGAUGCAAUGAGAGGGGACCCCCGGAGGCCCCUGAGGGGUGCGGGAACGGAGGAGCCAACCCUCAGCUGGGCGGAGGCGGGGCGGAGCUAGGCGUGGAAGAGCCCAAGCCGUUGAGGCCUCUGAGCCCGACCCCAGCCCUGGAGCGCGUCCCUCUGCCCUCGACGGGCCACUAUGCCCAGGUGAAUUCCGUGCUGCUGAUCGGAGGCGAGGGGGCGGUGUGCGUCUCGGGCUCCAGGGACACCAACGUCAUCUUGUGGGACCUGCACGGUGGCAGAGACGCCACGCCCCACAUGCUGCGGGGCCAGGGGCUGGCGUCUAGCCACCGGGGCUGGGUGUGGUGCCUGGCCUCCCGGGGCUCGCUGCUCGCAUCAGGGAGCUUCGACAGCACUAUCAGACUGUGGGACCUGGGGGCCGGUGGGGCAGAGAGGGGCAGGAUCUCCACCAGCGCCCCUGUCCUGUGUUUGUCCUGCCAGCCAGACGUACUGCUGGCCGGGACAUUCAACAAGACCAUCAGCCUCUAUGACACCAGAUUGGCUGAGCCCCUGGUGAAGAGUCUUCAGCUACAUGGCAAGGCCGUCAUGUGUCUGGCUGCUGAUGAGCAGUACAUCAUCUCCGGGAGCCAGGACUACACGGUUGCCAUCUUUGACCGCAGGGCCGGCAAGACCUUAAAGAGACUACGGCUCCGGUCCUAUCUUCUGUCCAUGUGCUACCAAAAUGGCGAGGUGUGGGCGGGGGACAACAAGGGCAUCAUACACGCCUUCUCUGUGCGGUCGGGGGUCCUGAAGCCCCUGUCCCAGUUCGAUGUGGGACACACCUCCCUGGUCACAGGCAUCCACAAGUCCCCCGGGAGCCUGUACACCAGUUCAUCGGAUCGCACUCUAAAGGUACACAUUCCUUGUGCCCCUCCGAGGACGCUGUGCACGCUGAAUUACCAAGAGGGAGUUAGUGGGUUGAGCGUGGAGUCGGGGGUUCUGGCCGUCGCUUCGGGAGAGACGUCUGUGGAGGUGUGGAGGCCCUGUAGAUGAGGGAGGGACCAUAUUCCAUUACCUCAUCAAAAGCAAACACUCCAGCCGAGAAGGAGGUAGCUCUCGAGACCGGGAAGAGACUAGUUGCCCUGGAACCUGAAUUUCCUGGAUCAGUUUGCCUCAUACAAAACUGUUGCUAGUGUGUGUAGCACAGUCAUACCGUUUUAAAGGUGAAAGACUUAAAAAGAUAGAGAGGAUUGUUAUAUUCAAGUUAUAAUUUAUUGAACAGAUGCUUUAGGUCCAUCACAGUUGCAAUUGCAAUUGCAUUUUUGAUACGCUGUGUCUUUAACAGUGAGUAAUAUGUGAAGACUGGACGCCUAACAUGUUCAUAUAUCUAUAUACACAGUUUACAGCUAGUUUACAGUAAGAUAUCUUUGAGAAUAACGUCCCAGAUGGUGUUUAUUACCACCAACUAGUAAAACAUUGUAACUAAUCAUGUAUUUCCCCACUGCUGUAUCGUUUUUCCACACAUUAUUUAUAGCACAUGUGAAGAUUGAAGUGAUGUACACAAUACCUUGUUCAACUUAAAAAAUAUAUAUAUAUUUUACUUUAACUUGCCUUAACUGAACUGCACUAGCCGUGUUCACAUUUAGCUUUUUUUGUAAUAGCGAAAAGUUGAGCCGACCGUUUUUUCAAAAAAAAAAAGCUGGCAGCGUUUUUUGUCCUAAAAGCGCCGAGAACGUUUAUUCUAUCGCCUAGCAUGGAACCCAUUCUAUACCCGACGUUACACGCCAACUAUGUAUCCAGGCUAGAGCCCAUUAGACAUAUCGUAGAUCUCGACAUGUUCUGUAAUCAAAACUAAUAAUCGCUCCACCGGCACUUUCCCGAAUGAUUUGUCCACCACGGUCUUGUUUUGACAGUUGAGUUUCCUUCGAUGUUCCGCUUGUGAUUGGUCAGUUGCCAAAAAGACGAGUGACGUCGGAGCCUUUCUUCCUGAAAGUUGAACUUUUUUCAACGCUCCGUAUGGCAGAAAAAAACACUGGGAGAGGCGUUUAAAAAAAUGGCCGUGACUUUUUCCAGAAACUCUCUGCUCCAUAAAAUAUAAUGUAAAACAAGCGCUGGCAGAUUAAAAAAAAAAAAAACGCUAGAUGUCAACACGGUACUCAACACUAUGGGUAAUAAAACAGACAUGAUUCUGAUUGUAUGGUAUGGUUAUUUUCAUAUACAUUGUGAUGUGAUUGCUGGCCUGACAAUUGUGGGCUGAAUGCAGAGGUCCCUAGCUGUGUGAAGCACAUUGGCACAGUACUAUAUUUUGUGUUAUUGUAGCUAAGGAAUUACUGGUAAAACAUUCAUUUUACCUUCAACAUGUACAUGUAUUAUAACAUUGAUUAGCCAUCCUAUGGAGGAUGGCUAAUCAAAUUAAAGCCUUCCAUAUUGCUUCAAUUUCCUCAGCUGAAUCUAAACUAGACUCCUAAUAGUCAAUUAUAACGACCAUGCAUUUAAUCUAUAAAGCACAUAUCUUGUACCAAAUGCAGCAAACAAAUGAAUGAUGCCAAUAAAAUCCUCACAGGAUUCAACUGCCUCUUAAAGCAGUAUGCAGGUUUUCUUGUCUUUAAAGGGGUUGGAGGAGGCAGUGAUCCCAGUGAGCAGAGGGUCACUGCGUCUGUGUUCCUGACAAUACUGAACCAGCUCUGCCGCAGCUAGGGAGAUCUGCUGGAUGACACCAAGAGCACAAAAAAAACAAUAUAAAACUGGAUGGUCUAGAUCAUAUUUAAAGUUUUUUAUUAUGAGAAAUUAAGUAUAACGUAGUGAUUCUGUACAAUCAAGUGAAAUUCAUAUGACAAAAGUGCUUAAAAACCUUUUCCUGUCAAAGCAAACAAAAUUAAUGCAUACAAAUAGGUCAAUAGAAAAGAUGUAGACAGUGUCUAUUAUAAUAUUCCUUAUUGAAGAGGCCUUUAAAGCAGCGAUUCCCACAGAAAGGUUUUUACUCGUUCUUUCCCUUGAUGACAUCUACAACAGUUCCCCUCCAAAAAACCUGUGGGCUUUCUGUUUUAAGUGUUAUGAUACAUUUUUGAUCAUCUAACAGUUGGAUGUUUGAAAACACAUUCCCUGAACACAAUGUAAAAUCACAAUAAUAACAGGUUAAUAAAUGUAACCUGUUAACAAAUCAAUGUAUUUUUGGCAAACCCAAGAUGUGAAUCAAGCAUCCAUUCAGCCAAGAGCGCAGGGUACGGUACCUUGAAUC